AGGCGGUUAUUGGCGUAGAAAGUAAUAAUGAAGUACGUGUUGAAUAUGUUACAACUGAUGAGGUUACCAUGGAUGGGUUUGAAAUACCGGUGGAUGGAUUAAAACACAGUCAAAUACAUGUUAAAGAUAUGAAAACUGAUGAUGAUAGCAUGGACGAGUUCGAAGACCUGGUAGAUGGAUUUAAGCUCAGUAAUAAUUUACAUGUUAAAAAAGAGGCAUCCAUAGCAAGUGCAUCACACCUGUGCACAGCUGGUAAAAUUAGUUUUAUGCAAUACAGUGUCCUGGAGCAACAUGUUAAAGAAGAGGAGUGUGUAGCAAGUAAUUCACACCAGUGUACUGUUUGUAAAAUUAGUUUUAUGCGAUACAGUGACCUGGAUCAACAUACAUGUAGUAGCAGUGAUUCAAUGGAUGGGGUAAAGUGUGUAACAAGUGUUGUGUAUCUUGAUGAGGCAGGAUUAGAGUUAAAAACCGAAAAACCUAAAAGUGAAAGUAGCAAUCAACAAAGACAAAAUAAAACUACUUGCAAUGCUGAAGAAAUGCCAUUCCAAUGCAAUAUUUGUCAAAAAUUAUUUCAAUUUGAAUCUCAUUUACACAGACACACGAAAAUUCAUACCGUAGAAAUGCCUUUCCAAUGCAACAUUUGCCAAAAAUUAUUUCAGCUUGAAUCUCAUUUACAGGAACACAUAAAAAGCCAUGCAGAAGAAAAACUUUUUGAAUGUGAUGUUUGUAAUAAUGCAUUUAGUCAGAAUGAGAACCUACAGCGACAUCUUAAAACUCACAUCGGCGAGAAACCGUGUAAGUGUGAAAUUUGUUCCGAAUCAUUUAGUUGUUUAGAACAGCUACAAAACCAUUUCAAGAUACACUCUAAAGAUAAGCCUUAUAAAUGUGAUGUUUGUGAUCAAUCAUUCGCUGGACAUUUUGCUCUAGAAAAACACAUGAAAACGCACAUUGUGGACAAACCCUGUCAGUGUGGGGUGUGUGGGAAGUCAUUUGAUGAUAAACCCAAGUUACUGACACACAUGAGAAUUCACACAGGUGAAAAGCCCUUUAUAUGUGAUGUCUGUGGUAAAACAUUUAGACAACUCGGCCAUCUUAAUAGUCACGGAAGAACUCACGCAAGCGUGAAAUCACUGGACUGCGAAUUUUGCGGAGAAUCUUUCAGGCUGAAUAACCAUCUUCGAGCGCACAUUAAAACUUAUCAUACGGGAGAGAAAACAUUUCCGUGUGAAUACUGCGAUAAGUCGUUUAAUCGUAAAGGUCAUCUAGACGAGCACACUCGCGUCCAUACAGGUGAAAAACCCUUCCAGUGUGGGGUUUGUGGGAAGGCUUUUAGUAAUAAGAGUCAUUUACACGGACAUAUGAGGACACAUACCGGCGAGCGACCCUAUCAAUGCACAAUCUGCAGCAAAUAUUUCAGAGAGACGUGCAGUCUACAGAGACACAUCAAGACCCACAACAAGAAAACGCCUUAUAAAUGCGGGGAAUGCAACAGGUCGUUUACUUUUAAAACUGAUUUGCAAGUCCACAUACGAACACACACGGGGGAGGCCAUCUUUGAUUGUGAUGUUUGUGGUAAAUCAUUUACUUUGAAAAGUUUUUUAUUAAAGCAUGUGAGGAUUCAUAUGAAGCAAACCUUUAAAUGUGAUGUAUGUGGUAUAUUUUUCAGUACGGAAGAUUUACUGAAAAAGCACAGUGAAACCCAUAAUAAAGUGACUGACAAACAGGUUGUGAAGUAAGCAUAGAUUCCACGGACCAUUGGGAGGUUGGGUGGUCAAAUGGUUGACAUGUUUGCAUUGCAUCAUAAAGAUCUGUCAUUUAGUCAAACACAGUGAAACCCAUAAUAAAGUGACUGACAAACAGGUUGUGAAAUAAGGAUCGAUUCCACGGACAAUUGGGAGGUUGGGUGGCCAAAUGGUUAACAUGUUUGCAUUGCAUCAUAAAGAUCUGUCAUUUAGUAAAACACAGUGAAACCCAUAAUAAAGUGACUGACAAACAGGUUGUGAAAUAAGGAUCGAUUCCACGGACGAUUGGGAGGUUGGGUGGCCAAAUGGUUAACAUGUGCACAUUGCAUCAUAAAGAUCUGUCAUUUAGUCAAGUGGUGUGGUUUUGAUUCUCUGCUUGUUGUAUGUGACAAGGAGACAAGGAGUAGGGCUGCCUCUCUGACCUUGUGGGUUUUCUCUGGUUUCCUCACUCUGCUAAAGACCCACCCCUAUUCGCUAGCAAAUUUUUGGUAUAAAUUUGAAUCAUAUGUUAGUCCCAAAAUGACCUAGUUUGUGUUGAGUGGACAUUAAACCCUAUUUCUCUCUCUCCACCAACUAUUAUUGGAAUGAAUCAAAGCCAACUAACUGUAAGAUAUAUAAAACUUUUGCCUUACCUUCACAGUGUUAAUGUUUAUAUCACCAUUAAAGUCAAUGUCGUCACAGUAACAGGUCAGUAACCAGUCUGGUGUAAACAUCUCAUCAACAUUGUUAUGGUUCUGUGUAUGUUUGGGAACUGGCAUGCCAACAUGUACUUACAGACAAUUCUUAUACCAGUUUGGCUUAUGUUCAUUUUGUGCUAUGAGUGAACAAUUUGAUUAAAAUACAGACUUAUAUUUCAUUUUGUUUUUUUAUACUUUCGAUGGCCUCUACUACAUGUACGUAAAGGUCUGACCGGUUGUAGUGGAAUGUCGCGUCAGAGAUCAUACGAGCGGCUUCUGACUGACCCUAUGUCGUCAGAUUAACCAAUAAGCGUUGAUGUUUCUAGUGGGUUACCCAGAGUUCCGUGCACCACACACCAAAAAAUUGCUGUAACAUCAUCCAGAACGCGGGUUAUAUACAACUUUUCCAGAUCCUAGUGUAGUAAAGACAAAUAAAACGAAAUUUUGAACUAUCAAAAACAUAACGAAAUAGGAUCUGUGUUUUGAUCAGAUUAAUGAGUGAAGUACUGGUAGUCUUUUGGGCGUAUUUCACUGUUUUUGUUGUGUUUUGGCUAAAUAUUUUACCACUGUUACUGUUUCAUGAUUA